CUAAUCUCAUUUUAGGCCGAGACAAUCCCGAAAAAAGCCUGCAAAAUCCUGGAGGGACGUCACAACUCAGCCUUUUUUCCUGAGAUUUUUGGACACAGCUGCGAGGAUGCUAGUAGGACGAUAAUGCUUCCGAGAUGAUGAAUCAGUAGAUUUGAAGACAGAAGUAACAAUAAAGAGUGGACGAUAGCACAAUGCUAACAACAAAGCUAAUGGUCGCUGCUGCCAGUGUCAAACCGCCCAGGUUUCUGCAGGACAACUUCUGCCUAUGGUUUCAGCAUGUGGAAGCCCACUUCUAACUUGGGGGAAUUACCCGGGAUGUGAUGAAGUAAUUCCACGUCGUGGUUGUGUUGUAGUGGCCGCGUGACAACUACAACUAGGACGCUCGGAGGAUCCCCCGGGCUACCACAGCCGAUGGUAGCUGAGAUUACUGUGAUGUCAGGCGGAAACGCAAAAGGGAAAAAAGAAGCGGAUUCUUGUUCUUUGGGAUUCCUUGUCAAGCAGCACCACCAAGUGGCCAAGGUGCUGUGGAUUCUCUGUGGACACAAUUUAUGUUUGGGUUUAGUUUACUCCAGAACCAAACACUCCGAAGUCUUCACUGACAUGCGCCCCACAUCUGGACACGUGCCGAGGUUCAGCUCCUGCUCAAACAGAUGUUUCGAGCUGCUUGAGGUGGAGCCGCCGAACUGUCGCUGUGACAAUCUUUGUAAGACCUUCAACAGCUGCUGCUCGGACUUUGACCAGCUCUGCCUCAGGACAGAGGGUGGCUAUGAGUGCAGCAAAGAUCGCUGUGGGGAGAUGCGCAAUGAACACCAUUCCUGCCACUGCUCAAACGACUGUCUCGCCCGAGGAGACUGCUGCACCAACUACAGGACACUCUGCAGAGGAGACACUUCUUGGCUGCAAGACGAAUGUGAAGAUAUAAAGAAUGUUCAGUGCCCUGCCGGAUUUGUGCGCUCACCACUCAUCAUUCUGUCAGUGGACGGUUUCAGAGCUUCCUACAUGAAGAGAGGACAUACUGUCAUACCUCACAUUGACAAACUCAGAACAUGUGGAACACAUGCUCCGUAUAUGAGGCCUGUGUACCCGUCCAAAACCUUCCCCAACCUCUACUCACUGGCGACGGGUCUGUAUCCUGAGUCUCAUGGAAUUAUUGAUAAUGCCAUGUAUGACCCCGUCUUUGAUGCCACCUUCACGCUGAGAAGCAGAGAGAAACUGAAUCAUCGCUGGUGGGGAGGACAACCUAUCUGGAUCACAGCUCUCAAACAAGGAGUGAAGCCAGCCACUUUCUUCUGGCCUGCUGCUAUUCCACUGGAAAGGCGGAUACUGACGAUGCUACAGUGGCUCCAUCUUCCUGAAGUCGACAGACCCUACAUUUAUGGCCUGCACUUUGAGCAGCCAGACAUAUACGGACAUAAGGUGGGACCCAUGAGCAUGGAAUUGAAUAAUCCUCUCAGACGGACUGACAAGAUUAUUGGUCAACUAAUGAACGGACUGAAGCAGAUGAAACUACAACGAUGUGUCAAUAUCAUGAUAGUUGGCGAUCACGGUAUGGAAGAAGCACAUUGUGAUCAAACCGAGUUCCUCAGCAACUACUUGACUAAUGUUGAUGACAUCAUUCUUGUUCCUGGAUCGUCAGGUCGAAUACGCCCCAGAUUCAGCAACACAAAAUAUGACCCCAGGACCCUCGUUGCAAAUCUAACGUGCAAGAAACCAGAGCAACAUUUCAGGCCUUACCUGAAGCAGCAUCUGCCGAAGAGACUGCACUACGCAAACAACCAUCGCAUUGAGGAUGUACAUCUGCUGGUGGACCGGAAGUGGCACGUUGCCAGGAAAGCACCUGAAGUUAAGAGACUUUGUGGCUUCAUGGGUGACCAUGGAUAUGACAGUAAGAUCAAUAGUAUGCAGACAAUUUUCCUGGGACAUGGACCUUCGUUCAAAUUCAAGACUAAAGUUCCAGCCUUUGAAAAUAUUGAGCUUUAUAAUGUUAUGUGUGAUCUUCUCAGUCUAAGCCCAGCCCCUAAUAACGGAACAUACGGAAGUCUGAACCACCUGCUGAGAAACCCUCCCUACAAACCCACAAUGCCAGAGGAAGUUUCCAAGCCAACCACAACUGUUUAUGAUCAUACGCACGCCGAUGAACUCGGCUGCAGCUGUCAUUACAAGUUGGGAGUAAAGAGUAGAGGCCAGAGAAGUUUGAAAGUGACGAUUGCACGAGGCUAUAAUCUGGAGUCACUCUGGCUCUGUCUCUUACAGAACCAAGUGGAGGAGCUCAACUUGCGACUGAUGCAAGCUAUUGAUGACAGUAGGAAUUUGCCAUAUGGUCGACCUGCAGUACAGUACCACACCAAGUAUUCCAUUCUGCAGCACGCUGACUACGUCUGUGGCUACAGCAGGGAUCUGGCGAUGCCUUUGUGGACGUCAUACACGCUCAGCCGACAGGUCGAAGUUUAUGCUUUGCCGGAGAUGAAAUGUUUACGAGCAGACUUCAGAGUCCCAGCAUCCUUCAGCCAGUCAUGCAGCAACUACAAGGCAAACAAACUCAUCUCUUUCGCCUUCUUGUAUCCACCACAAUUAUCCAGGGACAUGAAGAGAAAAUACGACGCUCUAUUCAUAACCAACACUGUUCCAAUGUACCCUGCAUUCAAGAGGAUAUGGACUCAUUUCCAGGGAGUGCUUUUGAAGAAAUACGCCAGUGAAAGAAAUGGGAUGAACGUACUCACUGGACCCAUCUUCGAUCACGACUCUGACGGCGUCAUGGACUCCAUUGACAAGAUUCAACAGUUUGCACGCGGUUCGAUCCCCAUCCCAACUCACUUCUUUGUGGUUCUGACCAGCUGCUUGGACUUCAGACAGGCUGCAGAUUCAUGUGCCGGUCCUCUCAGCUGUGCCGCCUUCAUCCUGCCACACAAAGCCAACAACGACGAGAGCUGCGAUAGAUCAGACCGAGAGUCCACCUGGGUGGAAGACCUGAUGAAGAUGCACACGGCUCGAGUCAGAGAUGUUGAAAUCCUUACAGGUCUGGACUUGUACCGCAGAACCACUUUGAGAUAUCCUGACAUCCUCUCACUAAAAACAUUUAUGCACACUUACGAGAGCGAGAUCUAACGUUGACGCCGUAUAUUUUUUUAACGUGGACUUUUGUGCUUGUACAGAAGUUUGCAUUCAUCACGCCUCUUGAGGAUUUUAAAAAAAAAUCGGUUUUAUACAACACCGCUCAAAACUUUGGGAUAUCACUUGCAAAUGUACUCGUUUUCCCAUGGAAAAAGCAUAAAUGUAUGCAAUUCACAAUUAUAAUUACUUUGAUGCAUUACUGUGAACUCAGGACCUAUGAGUCUGAAAAGCAUUUUUAAAUGUAUCAGACCAGAUUGUCAUAGAACAGGGGUGUCCAAAGUGCGGACCGGGGGCCAUUUGUGGCCCGCAGCUGAUUUUUUUAACAUAAAAUACUGUUACAAAAAAAAGCGUAAGUGUAAUAAAAGAUCAAACGGGUGAAAUGUAACAAGAAAUUAUCUAAUAACACAAAACUGCCAUGCAGGCUGUUUUUUUUUUAACUUUAAACCUAACAUUGCUCAAAAGAUUACAAAAAAAUUAUAAAUGGCAAAUAGAUCUGAAGUUGAAAGUAAAAAUAAAUAAAAAAUAUAUACAGUACAGGCCAAAAGUUUGGACACACCUUCUCCUCAUUCAAUGCGUUUUCUUUAUUUUCCUGACUAUUUACAUUGUAGAUUGUCACAAUGAAGGCAUCAAAACUAUGAAUGAACACAUGUGGAGUUAUGUACACUACCAUUCAAAAGUUUGGGGUCACAUUGAAAUGUCCUUAUUUUUGAAGGAAAAGCACUGUACUUUUCAAUAAAGAUAACUUUAAACUAGUCUUAACUUUAAAGAAAUACACUCUAUACAUUGCUAAUGUGGUAAAUGACUAUUCUAGCUGCAAAUGUCUGGUUUUUGGUGCAAUAUCUACAUAGGUGUAUAGAGGCCCAUUUCCAGCAACUAUCACUCCAGUGUUCUAAUGGUACAAUGUGUUUGCUCAUUGGCUCAGAAGGCUAAUUGAUGAUUAAAAAACCCUUGUGCAAUCAUGUUCACACAUCUGAAAACAGUUUAGCUCGUUACAGAAGCUACAAAACUGACCUUCCUUUGAGCAGAUUGAGUUUCUGGAGCAUCACAUUUGUGGGGUCAAUUAAACGCUCAAAAUGGCCAGAAAAAGAGAACUUUCAUCUGAAACGCGACAGUCUAUUCUUGUUCUUAGAAAUGAAGGCUAUUCCACAAAAUUGUUUGGGUGACCCCAAACUUUUGAACAGUAGUGUACUUUAAAAAAAAAAGGUGAAAUAACUGAAAACAUGUUUUGUAUUCUAGUUUCUUCAAAAUAGCCACCC